AUGAAGGAGGCGGUGGAGCCAGAGCGGGCCCGGAGGAAUUCCUGCGAGCUGAGUGUUUUCAGGCUGAAAUGGAGUGUGACAGCUCGACAGCCAGAGGUCUCAUUGUUCUUCGUUCUCCCAGAAACCCUUUCAGGAGCCCGAACGAACGAGCUGAUAGAAUAAUGUUUGUUGUUCCAGUGGGGAAAUGACAGGAAGGGACUACACGAACCGGCAGUUGCUUCACAUGCCACAAAAGCCUCGUCUGGCCCUCAGCGAGGCCUCGAGGCUUCGGAUUUACAAAGCCGCAGAUUUAAGGCGGUAAGCGCCGGUAGCCGGGCGGACGGCAUGACGCCGCGGCCACAAAAGACCAGGAUUGUCCCGGAGGCUUUAAGACACACGGCGGGGUGUUAUCUGCGUCUGGAAGGUGUGCGCUUCUGUGUGGUCGGCCCCGAGAGAUGA